AUGGGUUCAAAGAGUGUUGCAUCUAUUAUCAUUGCCAUCUUUUGCCUAAACAUCAUCUUCUCUGCUAGUUUAAGCUCUGCCCAAGUGCCAACUACUUCAACAUCGAAUCAUUGUCCUGAUUUGCGUAUUUGUGUCAAUGUGUUGAAAGAUUUGGUGUCCGUUAUAAUUGGUGCUCCACAGUGCAAGCCAUGCUGCCCCUUAAUCGCUGGUCUUAUCGAUGUUGAAGCCCAUGCUUGCAUUUGCACAGCUGUUAAAGGUCAAAUUUUGGGAAUAGACAUUAAUAUUCCCAUAAAAGUUUUACUCAAUGUAUGUGGACGUAAGGUCCCUGCCGGUCCUGUAUGUUAA